GAAACUUAUAACAUUUCUCAUCGUACGGUAGUGACAUAAGGACGCAGUUUUCAAAAUGGUUGCGGCUGAUCCUGAAGCAGUAAAUGGUUCGAAGUUUGAAGAUCAGGAAGCGGAUAACUAUGCAUUGCGAAUUUUUCAAUCGACGCUAAACUUGCUAGCUCAUAUACUAAUUGGAAUUGUAGUUGGAGUUUGCAUCGUGUUUGCGUUCAGAAAUGGAUUACCCUUAAAUAUGACGAAUAUGCAUAUCGUUUUGUGUGUUACUGGUUACCAGUUAUUGAUGGCCGAAGGAAUUCUAGCUCUGUGUCCUCACAAUAGUUGGAGUGCUGGGUUGAGAUUGGUGGACAAAAGAAGGACACACACAAUCCUACAAAUUAUGGGUUCAGCGCUAGCUAUUGCCGGAAGCGUACUCAAAAUGCUUGACAAGACUAACAAUUUUAAUACAAUUCAUGGUCAAUUUGGACUGGUGGCAAUGGUUUUCACUACAGUGAGCCUGGUUAACGGACUGACGUCACUUUACGCUUACGAAUUGCGUAAAUGCAUACCUGGAAAUUUCUCCAAGAUCCCACACAUCAUUUUCGGCGUAGUAGCAUUCGUCGCGGCUCUAAUCUGUCUCUGCUACGGGUUGGAUUAUGGGUUUUUCAAAAACUGGACUGGCAUCAACCAACACCAUGGGUUUGCUUAUGCCAUGAUGGGCAUGGCUGCCACCUUAACUUUUAUCAUUAUCGUCAAUCCUAUGAUCACAGCUUUCAAUAAAACUGUUCGUAUGUGUAACUAAUCUUAUUAUGUUAGUUCUUAAAAUUUAGAAUCUCAGUGUUCAUAUAAUUAAGUAAUUGUUGUAACUAUUGUAUACAAAAUAGUUUUAAACAAAAUAUAUG